AGUUGAAUGGGUCUCCAUAUAUACAUUUUUACCAUACUCAUUGCUUAUAUAAAUACCAACCCAUGCACUUUAAAAACUACCACACACUUAAAACCACACACUUUCUCUCUCUCUCUCUCUCUCUCUCUCUCUCUCUCUCUCUCUCUCUCUCUCUAUAUGUAUUAAAAGAAUUAGAAAAUCAUGUCAUAUGAAAAUUACGAUCCGUGUUACCCCGACCAGCAGGUGGUCGACCGCUACCUCCCGAUGUGGGCCGGGCUGCCGGCUUUCCGGUCGAAGCCGGCCUUCGUGUGGGCCACCGACACUCCCACCGGAAUCUCGUCGGCGCAAACAACCUACUCCCAGCUCGACGCAUCCGUCCGCCGCAUCGCCGACGGCCUACUCGGUUCUCUCCGCCGCGGCGACGCCGUCCUCGUCCUCUGCUCCCCGGGCCUCCUCCUCGUCCAGCUAAUCUUCGCGUGCCAGCGCGCCGGUCUCGUCGCCAUCCCGAUCGUCCCCCCCGAUGCUCGCUCAUUCGCACCGCAAAAACAAGGCCCGCCGCACUUCCACCUCUUCCGCGCUAUCUCGCAGACGAAUCCGAAGGCCGCCGUCGCCGACGCGCGCUACAAAUUGGCGGCCGCGAGCCGCCGCCGCGUCGACCGGCCUUCGUCGACGUCGAAUUCGAACACUCGAGGAUAUAUCGGCUGCGGGCCAGACGACGCGUACUUGAUCCAGUACACGUCCGGCGCCACCGCGAUACCGAAGCCCGUGGUGGUGACCGCGGGGGCGGCGGCGCACAACGUGCGGGCGGCGAGGAGGGCCUACGGCCUGCAGCCGAGCAGCGUUAUUGUGUCGUGGCUGCCGCAGUACCACGACUGCGGCCUCAUGUUCCUGCUCCUCACCGUCGUCGCCGGAGCCACGUGCGUGCUCACCUCACCGCAGUCGUUCCUGCAACGCCCGCGCAUUUGGCUCGAAAUGAUCGCCGAGUUCGCGGCUACGUGCACGCCGGUCCCGUCCUUCGCCCUCCCUCUCGUUUUAAAGAGGGGCCGCAUCGGCCAUGGGGAGACGCCCCUUAGCCUGUGGAGCCUCAAAAACCUUAUUCUGAUCAAUGAGCCUAUAUAUAAAUCCGCCGUCGAUGAGUUCGUUGCCGAGUUCAAGCCCGCGGGGCUCAACCCUUCGGUGAUCUCUCCGUCCUACGGGCUCGCCGAAAACUGCACCUUUGUAUCCACCUCAUGGCAUUCUAGUAAUGGCAGCACGAAUACUAAUAAUACUAGUAAUUGGUAUGAGUAUUUGCCGUCGCACAAAAGGCUCUUGCCCUCGGCGCGGCUAUCUCCUGCAUCGCCACCGGAAUCGUCAGAUGCAGCGGAAGAAGAAGAUAUCACAAUAAUGAUAGUGAACGAAAACACCUGCGAGCCUGCGGAGGACGGCAUCGAGGGAGAGAUAUGGGUCUCCUCGGCGAGCAACGCGUCGGGCUACCUCGGCCACCCGUUUUUAACCCGCGAGGCGUUCCGUGGGCGGCUUAAAGGGACCGCAGGGAGGUUCUUCGUGCGCACCGGAGAUCGCGGCGUGGUCCUAGGACAGGAGAGAUAUCUCUACGUGCUCGGCCGCACUACGGAUGUCAUCGAACUCGACAACGGGCGAAGCUCGGUCCACCCGCAUUACAUCGAGACCGCGGCGUACGAAAGCUGCCGCGAUCGCCUCCGCGGCGGCUGCAUCGCCGCCUUCGGAUUAUCCACGGCGCGGGAAUUGAUCAGGAGCGUUGUAGUGGUGGUGGCCGAGCUGGUAGAUGAAAGGAGAAGAGGAGGAGGGAGUGUAGUGAGUACUGUUUACAGGAGUGUAUGUGAGGGGAUAAGAGAGGGAGUGAUGAAGCAAGAGGGGGUGGAAGUGGGGUGGGUGGUGUUGGUGGAGAGUGGAAGUGUUCCGAAAACGACUUCGGGGAAGUUGAGGAGGUGGAGGGCGAAGGAGAAGCUGUUGAGUGGGGAGUUUGAAGUGGUGUUUGAGGCAAAAUAUGAUGAGAAAUUAAUGGUGUUUGAGCAUAAAGUUGAGGAGGAGAGUGAAGUGAGGAGUACUGGGAAAAAUCAUAAAUUAUCUAAUUUGUUAUCUUUUCUUUGAAAUUACUAUUUUGUGAGGAGUGUGUUAAUUUAUAGGAAUGCUUGCUUAUAAUGUUUGUGUAAUU